CUGCAUUAUCAAGGAUUUACGAAGAUAAUUUUUACAAUAAAGAGAAAACACUGCAAAGUUACAUGGAGGAUUAUACCGAUAAUGAAAAUAUUGUUGAAGUGUUUAUGGCGGGAUCGUAUCAACAGUCUGAGUCAGGAAUUAUAGAUAUAGAAAUCUCGAAUAUCGUCGAAUCUAUGUUAAAAUAUUCACCACCACCAUGUGUUCAACGAUACUUGAAGCCUUAUAUUAAUAUUAGGUUCACUCCAGAAGGCAUUUAUUAUGAAAAUUUGAUGAGUAUGUGGUAUCAUCUGGAGUAUAUCACAAGCAAGUUCAAUAAGAAGGAUAAGAAGAAAGGAUAUUUACAUGAUUAUAAGGGCCCAUCUGCUCAAUGUUGGUGUGGAAAUAACUUACAUUUUCCAGAAGAUGAAUAUAUAGCAUGUUAUCUUGAUUUAAAAUUAUGGAUUACAGUCAAGAGUUAUCCAAUUGAAGAAGUAGCAAGAAGUUAUUUGUCAACACCAUGCGACGAGGAUGAAUGGGUAACAGAAAAAUCAGAAACUGUUAGUCUUAUUGAUGACAGUGUAAUAGAGAAUAUAAAUAUUUACGUAGAUCCAGAAACUUACCUAUUACUAGAUUAUGUAGCAGAUGAUAAUAUUGAUAUAUUCAAUUUCUCUUGUAACGGUGAUCAAUAUACCUUAACAAUUGACAAAACCGGUCUA